AUGUCGAAGGGAAUUAAAGAAAGAAAGAAGGUUGGACAACUUCUGGAUAUUGAGGAAAAUAUUCAGAAAUUAUGGGAUAGUCAAAAUGCAUUCGAAUCAAAUGCUGAUGAUCUGUGAGUUCAAUUUUUCUGAUGCCGGAUUGGAAAAUAAUUUUCUUACUUGGUUAUCUAAAGACCAAAUUGAAAAUUUAUUUCAGAAACAAGCCAAAAUAUCUUGUAACUUUCCCAUACCCUUAUAUGAAUGGCCGUCUUCAUCUUGGUCACACUUUCACAGCUUCAAAAUGUGAAUUUGCUGCUGGAUAUCAACGUUUGCAAGGUCGUCAAGUCCUUUUCCCAUUCGGUUUUCAUUGUACUGGAAUGCCAAUCAAAGCAUGUGCAGAUAAACUGAAACGAGAAAUGGAGGAUUUUGGAUUCCCACCAAAUUUUCCAGAAGAUGUUGAAGAGGAAAAGAAAGUUGAAGUAUCAAUUUUGGAUGAAAUAACAAAAGACAAAAGCAAGGGAAAGAAGGUAUUUACUGUUUGGAUAUAAAAUAAAGCUAGGAAAUUAUAUUUUCAGAGUAAACUUGUGGCAAAAUCUGGAAAUGCGAAAUAUCAAUGGCAAAUUAUGCAAUCGUUAGGUCUUUCAGAUGAAGAAAUUCGUCAAUUUGCUGAUCCAAAUCAUUGGCUUUAUUAUUUCCCACCACAUUGUAUUUCUGAUUUGAAGAAAAUGGGAAUCAAAGUAGAUUGGAGAAGAUCAUUUAUCACAACUGAUGUCAAUCCAUAUUAUGAUUCAUUUGUUCGAUGGCAAUUCAAUCAAUUGAGAGCUGCAAAGAAAAUUGAUUUCGGAAAAAGAUACACAAUUUAUUCUCCAAAAGAUGGUCAACCAUGUAUGGAUCAUGAUCGUUCAAGUGGAGAAGGUGUUGGACCACAAGAAUAUACUCUUAUCAAAUUAAGAGUUUUGGAUCCAAAACCAGCUGUUUUGGCCAAGAUUAAUCUUCCAAUAUUUUUGGUUGCUGCUACUUUGAGACCUGAAACAAUGUAUGGACAAACUAAUUGUUAUCUUCAUCCUGAUAUUGAAUAUUCUGUGUUUUAUGCAACUGAAAAUGAAGAUCAAGUUUUUGUUGCAACUUCUCGAUCUGCUAGAAUUAUGGCAUAUCAAGGAUUAACAAAAGAAAAUGGAAAAAUUCGAUUUAUUGAAGGAUUAGAAAAAGUUUUGGGAAGCAAAAUUAUUGGAGCCGCUUUAUCUGCACCACUUGCAAAAUACGAAAAAGUGUAUGCACUUCCAAUGUUAACAAUCAAAGACGACAAAGGAACAGGAGUUGUGACUUCAGUGCCUUCUGAUUCACCAGAUGAUUUUGCUGCAUUAUCAGAUUUGAAGAAGAAGAAACCACUUCGUGAAAAAUAUGGGUUGACUGAUGAUAUGGUUUUGCCAUUUGAACCAGUUCCAAUUAUCGAAAUCGAAGGACUCGGGAAUUUGGCAGCUGUUGAAAUGUGUUCGAGAUUGAAAAUUGAAUCACAAAAUGAAAAAGACAAGUUGGAAGAAGCGAAAAAAGAAGUUUAUUUGAAAGGAUUUUAUGAUGGAGUGAUGCAAGUUGGAAAAUAUUCUGGACAAAAAACAGCGGAUGUUAAGAAAGUUAUUCAAGAAGAUUUGAUUAAAGAUGGACUUGCUACAAAAUAUGUUGAACCAGAAAAGAAAGUAGUUAGUCGAAGUGGAGAUGAAUGUGUUGUUGCAUUAUGUGAUCAAUGGUUUGUUGUUUGAAUUUGAAAUUAAUUGUGUUAUUACUUAAUUAAAUAUAUUCUAGGUAUUUGAAUUACGGAGAUCCAUCAUGGAAAGAAGAAGUGAAAAAAGUAUUGGCACAAACAAAUACAUUCAAUGAUGAAACUCGUCGCGCUUUUGAAACAACAAUUAAUUGGUUGCAUGAACAUGCUUGUUCAAGAAGUUAUGGAUUGGGAACUAAAUUGCCAUGGGAUCCACAAUAUUUGAUCGAAUCUUUGUCCGAUUCAACAAUUUAUAAUGCUUAUUAUACAAUUGCUCAUCUUUUGCAACAAGGUUCAUUGGAUGGAAGUGUUGUUGGACCUGCUGGAAUCAAGUUUGUUGUUUUGGGAGGGAAUUCGGAUCUUUACAAAAAUCAUAAUUUUUCCUAAAAAUCUCUCAAUUUUUCAAGUUAUAAAAAAUAUAAAUUUCAACUAAGCUCGAUUUUUCAGAGCUGAAGAUUUGAAUGAUGCUGCUUGGAGUUAUAUUUUCCUUGGAACACCAUACAAUUCAAAAAAUAUCAAAAUCUCCGAAGACAAACUCAAAUCUCUCCGAAAAGAGUUCUUAUAUUGGUAUCCAAUUGAUAUGAGAGCAUCUGGAAAAGAUCUCGUCCAAAAUCAUUUGACAUAUUUGCUUUAUAAUCAUGUUGCUAUUUGGCCAGAAGAUGAAACAAAAUGGCCGAGAGGAAUUCGUGCAAAUGGACAUUUAUUAUUGAAUAAUGAGAAAAUGUCGAAAUCGACUGGAAAUUUCAUGACAUUGGAAGAUGCGAUUGAAACAUUUUCAGCUGAUGGAAUGAGAUUAUCUUUGGCUGAUGCUGGAGAUGGACUUGAAGAUGCUAAUUUUGUAUUUAGUAUGGCUGAUGCUGCAAUUUUGAGAUUAUUCACAAUGAUUGAAUGGAUCAAAGAAAUGAUUGAAUUGAGAGAUUCAAACUCAUUGAGAAAAGGUAUGGUUAAGAAAAGUCGAUUAGAAAAAUAUCAGUAAUCUAUUCCAGAUUCAUCGAUUUUUGCUGAUCGCGUUUUCGCAAAUGAAAUGAAUGCUUUAAUCCAAGCAACUGAAAAACAUUACAACGAAACAAACUACAAAGAUGCUUUGAAGACUGGAUUCUUCGAAUAUCAGGUUUUUUUUUUUAAAUUUUCGAACUCAAAACAUAAUCAAAAAUUUUAUUGUUUUCAGGCAAUCCGUGAUUCAUAUCGUGAACUUUGUACUGGAAUUGAUGUUGCAAUGAGUGAAUCACUUGUAUUCCGAUUUAUCGAAACUCAAAUGAUAAUUCUUUCUCCAAUUUGUCCACAUAUCACUGAAUAUAUUUGGCAAUUGCUCCAAAAACCUGGAUUGAUUGUGAAUGCGUCUUGGCCAAAAACUGAACAAGUUGAUGAGAAUUUGACGAUUGCUUCGAAGUUUAUCUCAGAUGCGAUUGUUGAAUUCAGACAAAGAUUGAAAACAUAUCUUCAACCAAAAAAGAAGAGCAAAGAAACUGUCGAAAUUCCAACUGAAGCUAUUAUUUAUGUUGCGAAACAAUAUCCACCAUGGCAACAAACCAUUUUGAAGAUUCUCGAAAAUCAAGCAAAAGAAAAUAAUGGACAACUUCCCGAUAAUAAAAUAAUUAGUGGUUUGAUUGGAAAAGAAGAAACUAUCAAAAAGUUCAUGAAAAAAGCGAUGCCUUUCGUUCAAAUGGUCAAAGAAAAUUAUGAACAAAAAGGAAUAUCUGCGUUGAUUUCAACAAGUCCAAUUGAUCAAACAAGUAUUUUGAAUGAAAAUUUGGAUUAUAUUUUGAAUUCGCUGGAUUUGGAUCGUGUUCAAAUUCGACAUACUGAUGAAGAAAAUGUUGAUGUGAAUAUCACUGAAACAACUGUUCCAUUAGUUCCAUUGAUGCAAUUCCAACCAAAUAGGGUAUGUUUUUAUUUAAAUUUUGAAUGAUAAGAGAGAAGAAUUUUUCAGGUGAGUGUAAAUUUGGUUGCUCGAAACGUCGAUGUUUGCAAUGGUCUUUUCGAUGUUGUUCUUCCAAUUGUUGAUGGAGAUUCGGUGUCAAUGGUUAUCCGAAAAUUGAGAAGAGCGAGCAAAGCAAUCAAACGUAAGUUCCAGAUUUUCUUGGAGUUUAUGAGUUAAAGGAAUUUUUGAAUAAUCAAGCUUCCGUUCAGAUUUUUUUGGAAUUGAAAACUUGAAAUUUUGAAAUAAUGUGAAAAGUAUGAAUCACCAGUUCGAUUUCCAGAAUUGAAAAAAAUGUUUUCAAAUUCAUUUUCUACAAAAACUAAAAAUUUUGGGACAUUAAACUGUUUCCAAUUUUUCUGGUUCAAAAACCCUCUUUGUUCAGCUCGUUUCGAAGUUUCAUUGUGGAGAUAUUCUAACUCAGUCUGGGGUGAUCGUCAAACAAUCUCUGUUGCAAAUCCAUUGGAAAAUAAUGUGAAAUUAUCCGAGAAUGGUUAGUUUUAUCACCAUCUUCUUCUUUUUUUUCCACCAAUCUCCAAAUUUUAGACACUUUUUCACUCACUGAAAAUGGAAUAACUGUUCAAAAUUCAUCUGGAACUCAUCCAAUUGGAGCAACAAUUGUGUACGUGGCUGCUCUUCCAUAA